UAAUCAUUGAUUUCGUGCUCGCUUUUCACCACACCGACUUAAAAUUCACCGUGAACCCAAACUAGUCGAUACACCUGUUUAUCCAUGUAUUAGUUUGGGAUAUGAAGCGAUGGUGAAUUAAAGUUCAGCGGGGUCAGGCGGAAGGAUCCGUCUGAUCUUUUUGUAAACAUUGGCAGCAGCAGCGAGACAGAGUGGCGCGCUUCUCUGGAUGCUUGGACUUUUUGCACCACAACAUUGAUGGUUUUUUGCCGUAUAAACGUCUCAUUUUCCCCGUAAAACGAACCAAGAACUGUGCUGCUAUCUGGGAUUAAAUACGUGAACAUUUUUCAGGUAUAUUUUUUGAUUUUGGGGCAGUAUGCUGCUCUCUAAACUGGGCUCCUUCUCUCACAUCGUGGCCAGCAUGGACAUGCCGGCGAAGCUGCAGCAAGCUAAAGUGGAGAAGCAGCCGUUUGAGAAGGUGUACCGGCUGGGCUCGGUGCUCGGUAGCGGGGGAUUCGGCACGGUUUACUCUGCUGUCCGCCUGGCCGACGGGCUGCCGGUGGCGGUGAAGCAUGUCUGCAGGGACAGAGUGACCGAGUGGGGCUCUCUGAGCGGCACAGUGGUUCCUCUGGAGAUCGUGCUGCUGAAGAAGGUUGGCGGAGCGUUUGGAGGCGUAGUGCGGCUUCUCGAUUGGUGGGAGCAUGCCGACGGAUGGCUGAUGGUGAUGGAGAGUCCAGAAUCGGGGCAAGACCUGUUCGAUUAUAUAACCGAGCAGGGCGCAUUAGAAGAGGCGGCGGCACGAGGAUUCUUCCUGCAGGUGCUAGAGGCCGUGAGGCACUGCUACACCUGUGGAGUCGUCCAUCGAGACAUCAAGGACGAAAACCUGCUGGUGGACCUGAGGACCGGACAGAUCAAACUAAUCGACUUCGGAUCAGGAGCCCUGCUCAAAGACAGCGCCUACACCGAGUUCGAUGGCACGCGGGUGUACAGUCCUCCCGAGUGGAUCCGUUUCCAGCAAUACCACGGCCGCUCGGCCACCGUCUGGUCGCUGGGCGUGCUGCUGUACGACAUGGUGUGCGGAGACAUCCCCUUCGAACAGGACGAGGAGAUCCUGAGAGGACUGGUCUACUUCAGACGCCAGAUCUCCUCAGAAUGCAAGCAGCUGAUUGGUUGGUGUCUGAGCCAGCAGCCGUCGGACCGACCAACCCUGGAGCAGAUCUUCCUCCACCAAUGGGUGACGGGCAGCGAGGUGCAGCACACAGACAGCAUCACGCUACACACCAUCACAGCAGACUCGUCGUCCUCCUCGUCCUCCUCCUGCCAGGAGAGCCUCUGAUUGGUCGACACCAGGCUGUGGGGCGGGGCAUAGACAUUUGAUGCCUUGUGUCCUCGUGUGUUGAGCGGCCGCUACCAGGAAGGGUUUUUCUGCUGAGGGCGGCGUGUUGUGGUCAUGAUUUUCUCCACAGCGCCCCCUCCUUUUCAAAGACAAUAGAGCAGCUCUUAUAGAGCCUGUGAGGUGUUUCUGUUUCAGAGUGCCUUACGUUAUAAUGUGUGGAGCUCUGCAGACGUUCUUUUAGUUUGAUAAAUACAGGUAGAAUGUAAAAUAGCUCAAGGUAAAAGAAGAAACCAGCCAGGUUCUUUACAAAACUGUAUUUGCAAGGCACAACCCCCCCCCCAAAGUUUGUAAUCGUCACUGCUUUGUUCUUGAUUUUACAGACAAAUGAACCAGAUGUAACGUUUAUUGUUUUUUAUAAAUGCUGUCAGGUGGAUUUUUCUACCUUUGGACAAAGCAGAAUGGAGGUAGAAAUAGAACUGGUUACAGGAACAGUCACGUGAAUGUAAAGUCCUUUUAUCACCCAGCAGUAUCAGUCAUUUGGCCUCUAAAAGCUGUAACUAGUUCUCUUUAUACCUCCAUGGUGUGCCCCAGUUACAGUCUUUGUGCUAAGCGAAGAGUUAUCUAAAAGUCAAACGUUAAUUCAAAGAUGGUUUCGUCUUGUCCUCUGAGGAACCCAGAAACACCUCAUCAUGUCAGCAUCAGGACGACAGCUGAAUCACUCUGUUGAUGGGAUACCUGAAACAUAAAUACAUACACACACACACACACACACACACACACACACACACACACACACACACACACACACACACACACACCUCUCUGAGAAGCUGUGCGUCCAGUUCUGAUACCAAAACAUGACUUUUUGAUACUUGCCAAGGACACAGGUUUUCUUUGUUUCUUACGUCUGACAGUUCUUCCGGCAAAAGCUUUAUUUUUCUACAGUUGAUGUUCCUCUAGACGUUGGGAUGUUUUUCUUGUUCAAGCGGAGCUGCUUAUUGUUUGAAAUGUUGGACGUAUGUCAUCUCUUUGUGUUCUGAAACAUGACGUCCUCCCUCAGUGUUCGGGUCUGAGAUGCACAGUCAAUGCAAAUGUUUAUAUUUUGUAUAUUCUGUAUUUUAUUUCAUUUUAAAAUAUAUUUUUUACAUUUUUGUGUUUAUAUUUAUUAGGUAAGAAACAUUCCUCAUCGUUUUGGUUAUUUAUUUGAGUUGUUUAAGAAAUAACUCAUUCUCGUGUAAUCUGUUAAUGUUCGUGUUUUGAAAUGUACAGUUCUGACAGGAAAUAUUUUUUUAUGGAAUUUUUCAAAUAAAACCUGUUUGGGAUAUAAACUGAU